UUGCUACUUUAUUUUGUGGAAUGGUGUGCAGAAGAUAGAGGCAUGUCACCAUCCCAUUUCUCAUUUCAUCGGCUAUGAGCUCCAAGGAAGAUCCAUCGUUCCCUUACUACCAGCAAAGGACACCGUUACCAGCAGUGCCAAGACAUCUAACCAGAGGCAUUAUGGUCAUUCUGACUUCAUAGCGUGAAAAGGGCACCAAGAGAAAACUGCAAGAAAUAAUUAAAUUCAAAUAAACAGAUAAAAGAGAGCUCUCUCACAGAUCAAAGAACUGAAAAAGCUAUUUGGAUAAACAACAAGUCGAGUGAUAGUUCGUGGGACUCCCUCAAUGCUUCAUAUAGAAGUAAGGCUAGCGUCAAGAUUAUGCUAAUUAACUCCAGGUCCCAUAGUCUCCUGUUGCCUGGUGACAAAGUUUCACAGUUGAGGAGGAGGAACCGGCAGGAACGGGGGGUAAUUACCUAGUUGGGGAAAUGCUGGGUCACGGGGCUAUGCUGCUUCUGAGAACUCAGCAGUCCCACCCCUAGGGACUCAUGGAAUAACUUAUAUCUAGCAGUUUCUUGUGACUUUUCCCUCAAACUGAUCACCAACCAAUCAGAACAACACUCUUCAAACACACACCCUUACUAAAAGAACAUGGCCAAGGGCAGGAAAGGCCCCAAGGGCAAGAAGAUCACCCUCAAUGUGGCCAAGAAUUGUAUCAAAAUCACAUUUGAUGGGAGAAAACGCCUUGACUUGAGCAAGAUGGGAAUUACCAACUUCCCCAAAUGUAUCCUGAGACUGAAUGAUGUGGAUGAGCUCGACCUUAGCCGGAAUCUGAUCAGAAAAAUCCCUGAAUCAAUCUCCAAGUUCCAGAACCUGCGGUGGCUGGACCUGCACAGCAAUUACAUCGACAAGCUUCCUGAGUCCAUCAGCCAGAUGACUACUCUGCUCUACCUCAAUGUCAGCAACAACAGGCUGACCACCAAUGGGCUGCCUGUGGAGCUCAAUCAGCUCAAGAAUACCCGCACCUUGAACCUAGGCUUGAACCAUCUGGACAGUGUGCCCACCACACUGGGGGCUCUGAAGGAGCUCCAUGAGGUGGGGCUACAUGACAACCUGCUGACCAGCAUCCCUAAGAGCAUCUCCAAGCUCCCCAAGCUCAAAAAGCUCAACACAAAGCGAAAUCCCUUUCCCAAGGCAGAGGAGUCAGAUACAUUCAUAGAUACCAUCAGGAGGCUGGACAACUUAUAUCUGGUAGAAGAGAAGGAUCUGUGCUCGAAUUGCCUGAAAAAAUGCCGACAGGCCCGGGACAAGCUGAACAAAAUCAAGACCAUGACCACAACAGCACCGAGAAAGGCCAUCUUUUCCAAUCUGGUCUCACCUAACUCCAUGGCCAAGGAUUCCCAGGAAGACUGGAGGAUCCGUUCAACAUCUCCCUAGAGUAGCUAACGGCAAAAACUUGAAGACUAAUCAGCCAACAAGAAUAAACCACUCUGAAGAAGAAAAGCCCUCGGUUAGGAGAAGAAAGAGAGUGGUAAGGGGAACAUUCUGGAAGCCAGGCUCUCUGGUGCUGGCCAAGAUACUGACUUGCUUCUUAAAUUCACUUUGUCUCUCUUUGCUUUAGACCACCUGUGUGUGAAAAUGACUUUGGGAAAUAUUUGGUGAAUGUUUUUUACAUAUAUAGAGGAAAUGUUUAAGAAAAUGAUAGACAUACGUCAUAGAAAAUUAAAGUUUUAUAAGAAGACUUUAAGAUUUAAAAGACUUACGGUUUUUAUACUCAAACUGGUAAAGUCUCUAUGCCAGUCCCCUUUGUUAAGUUAUGUAUGUAUAAUGCAAUCCCUCAAGCAACUAAAAUUUAUACAAAAGAUUCAUACAAAGAAAUAUACUCAAAAAUACUACAGAUAAAUCAAAGUAGAAUUUUAACAAAUCUUUCAGUAAUGCACAGUUAGGCAAAAAGAAAAGAAAAGAAAAGAAAGCAGAGAAAUGAACAACAGGGAAAAGUAUAAACAGGGAAACAAAAAAUAAAAUGGCAGAUAUAUAUCCUAACAUUUCAAUAAUUACAUUAAAUGUAAAUAGUCUUCUUUAUUUGUAAUGGCCCCAAAAUAGAAACAGCCAAAUUUCUCUCAAUGGGCAAAUGAUUAAACAAACUCUGGUAUAUCCAUAUCGUGGAAUACUAUUCAGCAAUAAAAUGGAACAUACUAUUGAUACAUGCAAUAAUUUGGAUGGAUCUCAAUAGCAUUAUUCUGAGUAAAGAAGGCCAACCUCCAUGAGUCACAUACUCUAUGACUACAUUUUUAGAUCAUUCUCCAAAGCACAAAAUGAUUGUGGUGAAAACCAGAUCAGUGGUUGCCAGGCUUUAACACUGGUGAGAGGUGGUGGAAGGUGGGCAGGACCAUAAAAUGGUAGCACAAGAGAUAUCUCUGUGGUGCUAAAAACAACUGAUUAUGUUAUAGUGGUGGUGGUGGUGGUGGUUAUAGAUUCUACCCAUAGGAUAAAAUGACACAGAACUAUGCACACAUAUUGUACCAAUGUCAAUUUCCCGGUUUUGAAAUUGUACCAUAGUUACAUAAGACGUAACAACCAUAUGGGGGAAGUUAAGAGAAGGCUAUAUGGGGACUCUAUGUAUUAUUUUUGCAACUUCCUGUGAAUCUAUAGUUAUUUUAAAAUAAAAUUUUUUUAAACAACCUUGCAGCCUAGACGCAGCAAAAAACAGAUCCUUGUACAUCUUCCAAGUGCUAAUUUAUGAGUAAAUAUGACAAGCUGCAACCGUCCUGAAGAGCUAAGGCAUUUCAGGAGAAAGAGCACAUUAACCUCAGUUUGCCAGACUAAUCUAAAAUCAUCCAUUGUUGAUUUUGUCCUUGAAGAUGCUCUAAGAAUAAAAAGAAAAUGUAUGGCUUCUUUACCCAUGUUUCAGGUUUUCUGGUGGUGACUGGGCACAAGUAGCAAGUUGGGUGGGGGACCUUGAACCAGCGAGUCACUCUCUUCAUAGUUCUGGGUUUUUACCCCAACACCUCCUGGCCCCAUGGAAGCAAUGUGACCAAGUGGAGCCGGAAGGACAGAGAUGCCAGGCUAGGUGUAGACAGAGAUGCUUAAUUUCAGCUUCUACCUAGAAGUGGGUCUGAGGUCAUGGCUAAGGGUAUAGCAAAGAGGAGAUGUGAGCCAAGAGAGAUAAGAGUUACAUGAACGGGGCCCGAAACCAAGGUCUAUACAUGAUCCAGGU